CAACACUUUGUGUCAAUCUGAACCAUCAAAAUAUUAGUAGUGGGAAUUGGACUCCGGUGAGUGAGGUGCUCUGAUCAGAUCUGACGACAACCGGACUCUCUUCCUAUCCAAACCCAAGGCGUCACUCCGUUCCUUCUCAUCACUGUUCCCACCUCAAUCCUAGAGAAAGAGAGAGAUGGAUGCUCUGAGGAAGCAGGCGAGCAAGCUGAAAGAACAAGUUGCCAAACAGCAACAGGCUGUAAUAAAGCAAUUCAGUACAAGUGGUUAUGAAAGCUCUGAUGUGAUGGUUGUUGAUGAGGUUGAGAUGCAAGUACACCAACAUUUGGAAAAAUUGUAUCGAACUACCCGUGCUGGGAGGGAGUUUCAGAAAGACGUUGUCAAGGCAGCGGAAACAUAUACAGCCAUUGGUUAUAAGCAUAUAGAAGCGGGAACCAAGCUGUCUGAAGAUUGCUGCAAGUACAGCAUUGAGAAUGUCAAUGAUGAAGUUCUAUCUAAAGCUGCAUCUAUCUAUGGCGAUGCUCGAAAGCAUGUAGAGAAAGAGGUUGAAGACAUGAAUAGGCUAUUGUUUAAUCAGGUCCUAGAACCUUUGAGAGCAAUGAUAAAUGGAACUGCUUUAGAAGAUGCUCGCCAUCUUGCUCAACGUUACAGUCGUAUGAGGCAAGAAGCAGAAGCUCAGGCAGCAGAAGUUUCUAGAAGACAAGCACGGGUAAGGGAAGCUCCCAUUCCUGAAAAUGUGGCAAAACUGCAUGGAGCAGAAGCUAAAAUGCAGGAACUGAGGGCAACUAUGGCAGUACUUGGUAAAGAAGCCGCAACGGCAUUAUCUGCUGUAGAAUCACAGCAGCAGCGGCUUACAUUUCAGAGGCUUUUAUCAAUGGUUGAAGGAGAGAGGCAAUAUCAUGAAAGGGUUGCUGUUAUUCUUGGCAAUAUUGAAGCUGAGAUGGUCUCAGAGAGACAAAGAAAAGAGGGCAAUCCUCCUGUUGUAACGCCUCCGGUGAACCCAAUCGUUCACUUCUCGGAGAAAACAAAGUACUUUUUGGCUGAGGCCGUUCAUGCUUUUGAUGCCGAAUCAGAGAAGGAACUGAGCUUGUCAAAGGGAGAUUAUGUUGUGGUUCGGAAGGUGACCUCUUCGGGAUGGUCAGAAGGAGAAUGCCAAGGUAGGGCAGGUUGGUUUCCUUCUGCGUACGUAGAGAAACGCCAGAGAGUGCCUACAAAUUACACUGCAGCUGAAGUCUACUGAGAUAUGGGUUCGUAAAUCUCCAUCGAUUCUUGGCCCGAAGCUUACCCCAUUUGCAUUAUUAACACAAACAAGAAAAAAUAAUGUUAAGUGUAAAAGAUGUGAUGAAGUUGUACACAUUGCCCUAUUUCCUACAUGGAAAAAAGGGCUAGUGAAGUGAUGAAACUUGUACUCUAUUGAAUGAUGUGAUUUUUGUUUGUUUUUUUUUAAAAGACGAGUUCAAGAUAAAACUUAACACUUGUGGGUGUAUAUGUUUUCCAUGG